CCAAAAUACAAAAAAGAAAAGAGCUGCAAAUGAGGCUGAAAUUUAUAAAAACAAAAAUGUAGACAAAAAGCCAAAUAAAUCAAAUCUGGCUACACAACCUCAUAAAAUCAAGAGUUUAUACAACAGGGCAGAAAACAGCAAACCUCUCCUCAUAACUGAUACAGAAAAUAUCAAAAUAGAAAAGGCAGAUUCUCAAGACUAUGGUAUGAGUAAUGCAAGCAUUGCCCCCUUGUCAACAAAUGUUAAUACUACUAAAACCAGAAAAGAUAUCAAAGGAAAAAUUAAUGC